GCGGGGUUAGACAUUCAACUUCCCCUUCCGGUACUACUUUGCUUGAACGACUAUCACCCGGUAUUAAAAGUAAAUCUAUGCUAUCACCACACUGCGUGUGUUUUGCAGAAUAAAAAGAAGCUCCCGUCUGCUUAAAGACCCCGUGAACCGGAUGAGUGAUUUUGCAUUAGAAACAGUUUUCCGCCUGAAAUAACGUCGACUGGUGUGAGAAAUAACGAAGAUGGGAACAGCUUUGAUUUAUGACGAGGAAAUGACCAAAUACAAACUGCUCUGGGUCGACCCGGCGUGUAAGAUUGAAGUACCUGAGCGUCUGACAGUGAGUCAUGAGGCUUUGGUUGAGAGCGGCCUGGCUGAUCGCUGCGUCUCUGUACCUGUCCGCGAGGCGACAGAAGCAGACAUUCUGCAGGUUCACAGUGAGGAAUAUUUGGAGGGAGUGAAGAAGACUCCUUACAUGACUCUGGAGGACCUGAAGGAGUUCACCCUCCAAUACGGCGACGUCUACUUCCACCCAAACAUCUAUCACUGUGCCAAGCUCGCUGCAGGAGCUGCACUGCAACUGGUGGACAGUGUGAUGACGGGGAAGGUGAGGAAUGGCAUGGCUCUGGUCAGACCACCGGGACACCACAGUAUGCGCAGUGCUGCUAGUGGUUUCUGCGUGUUCAACAAUGUGGCCAUAGCAGCUCAAUAUGCAAAGCAAAAAUAUGGAGUAAAAAGAGUGUUGAUAGUUGACUGGGAUGUACAUCAUGGUCAAGGCGUCCAACACUGUUUUGAAGAUGACCCAAGCGUGCUUUACUUCUCGUGGCACCGCUAUGAGCAUCAGAAAUUCUGGCCCAAUCUUAGAGAGUCCGACUUUGACUGUGUCGGCAAAGAGAAAGGAGCUGGAUUCAAUGUGAAUGUUCCAUGGAACGAGGUGAAAAUGCAGAACAGUGACUAUCUCUCAGUCUUCUGUCAUCUCCUUUUGCCGGUCGCAUACGAGUUCUGCCCAGACCUGGUGUUGGUGUGUGCAGGCUUUGACUCAGCCAUUGGCGACCCAGAGGGUGAAAUGUGUGCCACUCCAGACAUCUUCGCCCACCUCACUCACCUGCUCAUGAACCUUGCCGGAGGCAAAUUGUGUGCUCUGCUGGAGGGAGGGUACAACUUGACUUGCCUCGCCCAGUCUGUGUGUCAAACGGUUCACACGUUGCUCGGAGAUCCUGCUCCUCGACCUGCAGACCUUCAUGGCCCCUGUAAAAGUGCACUCGAGUCCCUUCACUGUGCACGUUCAGCUCAUAGGCAGUACUGGGCCUGCCUCAAACAUGCAGCUGAUCUACCCACCUCUGAUAUCAGCACCAAGCGCAUCAGACUGGGAGAAGAAGACGAAAAACCCCUGGACACAGAAGAGGAACUGGUGUGGCCAGAGCCUCCGAAGCGGCUCGCCCCUGCUCUCCGUACUGCCGUCGUCCUCCCCGGUGGAGUCGCCUGCCCGGACGGAUGUAAUCAAUUCAGUUCAUCGGAAGAACUGGACCCAGUAACAGUCAACAAACUUACGGAGAAUCUCCUUAAAGAUGUAGAUGAGAGCGAUGCUCUCUCAAUCCUCUCCAGUCUUAUUGCCCUUGUAGAGAAAAUGGAGAAGAAUGAGAUCUGCACUGGCCUGGCGCUGGUUCAAGACAUCUCCAUGGCGAUGAUGUGUGUCGUCCAGCAUGCUGCAUCUGCACCCGAUAACCGGGUGUUGGUCGUGUGCGUCGGGUACGGAGAGGUUCCGUUACUCGACACCAUAAAUGGGAAAACGCUUGUGGUGCACUUCAGCAACAAGGAGUCAGAAAAACAUAAAGGCAGAUAUUACAUCCCUGUGUGUCUGAAGAAGGGCUUCAGCGACACGUCCGGGUUCAUCCAGGCCGUGUUGGGUCUCCUCCUGCCUCUGGGAUACGAGUAUGACCCCGGUCUGGUUCUGUUGGUUCGGAUGUCAGCGGGGGGAUUGUGUGACGGCGUGUGGCAGCAACUGACGGGUCUGCUGCUGGGCCUCGCACACGGACACACGCUGGUGCUCAUGCAGGACGGUGAGAGGGCACCCGUCGGCCCCACAGCCUCCUCCCUCCUCGGGGACCCUGCCCCCUCUUUGGGGCCACUUCUGGCCCCUCUACCAGAGGAUGUGGCCUACGUGGAGAACCUGAGACACAUGCUGUCGGCCGACUGGAAACUCCUGCAGACCACUGGUGAAUCCACAACAGCAUCAUCAGAUAUAAACAUGACGCAUAAGAUGCAUGCAUAAAAACAGCACAAGAAAGCAGGAGAGACGAUGAAGACUGAAGCUGAUCCUGCUCUUUUUAAAAUUUUUGAUUGGAAUCAGAGAAAAUAUUGUGAAUCCCAUGGUUGAUUGAUUCAUCUAUGCAUCGACAGAGCUUUUGAUACAUUAAACAAUGCUAACUAUCCAGUUUU